CCCGAAACGACGUUCCCGCCCCCCCACCACGUGACUUGAAUGAACUCACUCGCGGCCGGUCACUCACAGCUGACCGGGUUUGCAGGUUUUGGCGCGGCUUAAUUUAGUUAAUUAGUUAGUUAAUAAGUGGUGGUUGUGGUAGUGGGGGGUGUGGGGUUUAACUUUCCUUUAUUUUGUUUCUCUCUGACCGCAAUCUCCGGCUAUGCUGUGGCCGAGGACGAUUUGCCGCUGGGCUGCGGUGCCGCGGAUUCUGGCGAUGAUGACAAGGCCCCGGUCGGUUCCACUCCAGUCCCAGCGGGCCGCUUCCGGAGACGCCGGCGAUCCGGCGGCGGCGGCGGCGGCGGCAUCUCCGUCGGCGCACGCCGAGCCGCACGACUACAGCCUGCCCAACAGCAGCUGGACGGAGCGCACGAUGGCGCUCUACCGGGCGUACCUGGCGCGCACGCCCGAGGGUGGAGGCUCCGGCUGGACGAGGCUGCCCUCCUACAACCGCACGAUCCUGCACGAGGCCGAGUACCGCGCGCGUCCCCGCAAGCCGCGGCCGGAGCGUCUGCUCACGCGCAACACGGAGGUGGUGGGCGCGGGCUUCGAGUACGCCGCCUUCCACAGCGGCGCCGAGCGGCGCACCGUCUGCAUCUUCCAGCCGGGGCCGCUGCUCGAGGGCUUUCCCGGCUUCGUCCACGGCGGUGCUCUGGCCGCGCUCAUCGACGGGAUAGCCGGCACCUGCGCACGCAACGUCGCCGGGAUGAUCAUGACGGCGAACCUCAACAUCGACUAUCGGAGCCCCGUGCCCCUGGGCAGCACGGUGCUGCUGGACGCCUGCGUGACCGAGGUGGACGGCAAGAAGGUGUACACGACGUGCCGCGUGCUCGCGCACGACGAGAGCGCCGUGCACACCGACUGCACGGCUCUGUUCAUCGUCGUGGACGAGGUGAAGAUUCGACACCUCAAGGAGAUUUUCUUACGAAACGAAGAACGUCAGAAGGCGUAAACCCCCGGCCCGCGACCUCCUUCGGCCUUGAGCUGCAGCGACAGCGGUUACCCCAACCCCCACCACCCCCCCCCCCCCUCCAUCAUCGUAGGGGAAAAAAUAUUUAUAAUGAAA